AUGGGUUCAAUCGCAGCUGCUACGCAAAUUGCUAGCUUGGCUGGUGGUAUCUACGAAAUUCGAGCGAUUACAUUUGGACAUACUGAAUACUUACCAGCCUUGUUCCAAUAUGCAAUGUUUGCCUUGAUUGUGCAAUGGCUUGCAUUUGGUAUUCUUACUGGAAAUCAAUUUUGUUUGCGUCAAUUUCAGAUCGCCAACGUUGCAGCUCUUAUUGUGAAUGUGGCAACAAUCGCUUUAUACUUCAUUUACCCACCACUUACUUGGCGAGUACCAAUCAUCGGAACAGGUCCUCAACAGAAGAAGGAGUUGUAG